UCCCAGAGAAGAAGUAGAGAACUCACUUUUACUUACUUACUCCCCUUUAAGCUACCGGCGCUUCUCUUCUUCACUAACACGCCGAAACGCGUUUCGUCCUCUAAUCCCUUUUUCUUCCGCGCGAUUCUCGCACCCAACGGUUUCAACGCACUUCUCAGUUCUCACUCUCACACUCUCGUCUUCCCUAUAUUCGCAUUCAUUCACGUUUUUCUACGGCUGUUUGAGAUUUUCUGCUUUGCACAAGGUUACCAAGUUCCAUGGAUGAUAAUCUCUUCAAUGACCAAGUGGUGCCAUCUGGUCGCAUAACAGGAAUAAAGUUUGGCCUUUUAACUGAGGAAGAUAUAGAGAAUGCCUCUACUUUGGAAAUACAAGCAGCCGGGCAGGUUAACUGUUCUGAUUUGGGACUUCCAAACCCAACUCAUGAGUGCACCACUUGUGGUUCUAAAGAUAGAAAUUUCUGUGAAGGCCAUUAUGGGGUAAUUAAAUUUAACAUUACCAUACCCCAUCCUUAUUUCCUAUCGGAGAUUGCACAACUUUUGAACAAAAUCUGCCCUGCUUGUAAAUCUAUUCGAGAAGAAUUACGGAGCAAGGGUGCUCAAUUACUCUUUGGAACCAAACGGUCUAAUGGUUGUAAAUAUUGUUCUGGAAAUAGUUAUCCAAAAAUGAAAUUCAGAGUUUCGUCCAAUGAUCUCUUCCGAAGAACUGCGAUUAUUGUUGAAAUAAAUGAGAGGUCUUUAAACUCAAAGAAACAUUUGGGACGAAGAGUACCUGAACAUUUUUGGGAUUUCAUCCCCUCAGAUCCUCAGCAAGAAGAAAGUUGCAUAAAACCAAACAGAAGGGCUUUAUCCCCUUAUCAGGUUCUUUGUUUGCUGAGCGAUGUUGAUCAAGACUUUGUUCAAAAAUUUGUUCCACAAACAGAGUUACUUGGUCUUAAUUGCUUCCCGGUGACGCCAAACUGUCAUCGCGUGACAGAAGUCAUGCAUGCAUUUUCUAAUGCAAACCGAUUGAGUUUUGACAACAGGACCAGAGCUUGUAAGAAAUUGGUUGAUUUCCGGGGUACCGCUACUGAGUUAAUUUCUCGUGUUUUGGAUUGCCUGAGGAUCUCUAAGCUACAUCCUGAUAAAACACCAGCAAAUAGUUUUGCUGAUAUCCAGCAAAAGAAAAAUGCUGAAAAUGCGUGCAAUUCAUCUGGUUUGAGAUGGAUGAAAGAUGUGGUUCUUGGAAAACGUAAUGAUAGUUCAUUCCGUACGGUAGUAGUUGGUGAUCCAGACCUUGAGCCUGGUGAAAUUGGUAUACCUUGUCAAAUCGCUGAAAGUUUGCAGGUUUCUGAGUAUGUGAACAAGCAUAAUUUGGAAAAAUUGCUUUAUUGUGGCGAAUUACGCAUGAUAGAGAAGGGAAACAUAAAGGUCCGCAGAAAAGGUAGUCCUAUUGUCCUGUACAAAAAAGAAGACCUUCAAAUAGGAGACUUGUUUUAUCGGCCACUUGGUGAUGGUGAUAAAGUAUUGAUAAAUAGGCCACCUUCCAUACAUCAACACUCAAUGAUUGCUCUCUCGGUUAAAGUCCUACCAAUAUCUUCCGCGGUGUCUAUCAACCCACUUUGUUGUUCCCCACUCCGUGGGGAUUUUGACGGUGAUUGUCUUCAUGGGUAUAUUCCACAUUCAGUUGCUGCAAGAGUUGAGCUAAGUGAGCUAGUUUCUUUGGAGAAGCAAUUGAUAAAUGGGCAGAGUGGUAAAAAUCUGCUUUCACUCUCUCAGGAUAGCUUGACGGCUGCCCAUUUGCUGAUGGAAGAUGGGGUCCUUUUGAAUGUUUACCAAAUGCAGCAGCUUCAGAUGUUUUGCGCUCAUAAUUUAACGCCACCUGCUAUUGUUAAAGCUCCUUCAAGUAAUACCUCAUUUUGGACUGGCAAGCAAUUAUUCAGCAUGCUGUUGCCUUCUAAUCUUGACUAUUCUUUUCCUUCAAAUGGUGUUUCUGUCAGAAAUGGCGAGCUUAUAUCUUCUUCAGAGGCUUCUGGUUGGUUACGUGAUUCUGACUGUAAUCUCUUCCAGAGUCUUGUUGAACAAUGUCAAGGGGACACUCUAGACUUUUUGUAUGCUGCACAGAAAGUUCUUUGUGAGUGGUUAUCUAUGACAGGUUUCACAGUUUCACUUGCUGACCUGUACCUUGCUUCUGACUCCUACGCACGGAAAAAUAUGAUGGAGGAAAUCUCCUUUGGCUUGCAAGAAGCAGAACAUUCGUGUAACUUCAAACAGUUGUUAGUAGAUUCCUGUUGUGAUUUUCUGGCAGGUAAUGUUAAAGGAAAUGAAAAGACUAUGAUUGAUGUGGUUCGUAUGAACUAUGAAAGGCAAAUAUCAGCUGCUCUCAGUCAAGAGUCAGUUGAUGCUUUUAGACAAGUUUUUCGUAAUAUUCAAGGUCUAGCUGACAGAUAUGGAGAGAAGGACAAUUCAUUCCUUGCUAUGAUCAAGGCUGGAAGCAAGGGUAAUUUGCUGAAACUAGUGCAACAUUCCAUGUGCCUUGGCCUACAACAUUCUUUGGUACGUUUAUCAUUCAGAAUUCCCCAUCAACUCUCAUGUGCUGCUUGGAAUAGUGAAAAGGGGAUUGAUUCUGUUCAAAAGUUUUCUAGUACUCCUAAAUCUGUUCAGUCUUAUAUCCCAUAUGCUGUGGUUGAAGGAUCGUUCCUGUCUGGGUUGAAUCCACUUGAAUGUUUUGUUCAUUCGGUCACAAAUCGUGAUAGCUCUUUCAGUGACAAUGCAGACCUUCCUGGAACAUUAUCUCGUAGACUAAUGUUCUUCAUGCGGGAUAUCUGUGGUGCAUAUGAUGGAACGGUUAGGAAUUUGUAUGGUAAUCAGAUUGUACAGUUUUAUUAUGAUACUGAUGAGGAUUCGCCUAUGGGUAACUGCUCCCAAGAGACUACUAUAGGUGGUGAACCAGUUGGAGCACUUGCUGCUUGUGCGAUUUCUGAAGCUGCAUACAGUGCUUUGGGUCAACCAAUAAGUCUUCUUGAAACAUCACCUCUGUUGAAUUUAAAGAGUGUUCUGGAGUGUGGUUCCAAGAAAAAAAGUGGUGACCAGACUGUCUCUCUAUUUUUGUCUGCGAAAUUUCGUGACCGGAGAUAUGGGUUUGAGUAUGCAGCAUUUGAUGUUAAGAAUUAUUUGGAAAGAAUAAUGUUCUCAGAUAUUGUUUCUACUGUCAUGAUAAUUUUCACUUCACAGUCUAGAAACCAAGAAAAGUACAGCCCUUGGGUUUGCCAUUUUCAUCUAGACAAGGAAAUUGUUCGCAGAAGAAACCUGAAAUUGUGUUCUAUCAUUAACUCUCUUAAGAAGAGAUGUGGGAUUCUAAGGAAAGAAUCCAAAGUAUGUUUUGCCAGCAUGGAAAUAUCACUCAACAGGAAGUGUUCAGCUGCAUACAUGUCUCAGGAAGGAAAAAUUACUUCUACAGAUAAGGGAAUGGAGGGUGAUGAUUGCAUCACUGUCACCCUUGUUGAAUACUUAAACAAUUCCAUACCACUUGAUGAUGUUCGGGACUUUAUGCUACCUUCCCUUCUUGGAACUACUGUAAAAGGAUUUCCGGAGAUCACGAAGGUUGAUAUUCUGUGGAAUAGUCUUCCGAAAUCAGCAAAUUUCAGAAUUGGCUGUUCCGGGGAACUUUACUUGAGGAUUACUAUGUCAAGUGAUAAUAGCAGUGGAAGAUUCUGGGGUGUUCUUAUAAAUCAUUGUCUACCGAUAAUGCAUAUGAUUGAUUGGACAAGAAGUCUCCCAGAUAACAUAAAUCAUUUCUGCUCAGCCUAUGGAAUUGAUGCAGGGUGGAAAUAUUUUCUCCAGAAUUUGGCAUCUGCAACAACAGAUACUGGCAAGACAGUCCUUCACAAGCAUUUGCGUCUUGUUGCUGAUAGCUUGUCAGUUAGUGGAGAGUUUGUAGGGUUAAAUGGAAAGGGCAUGGCACGACAGAGACAACAUGCAUCUGUUUCAUCUCCCUUUGUACAAGCAUGCUUUUCUAACCCUGGUAGUUGCUUUAUAAAAUCUGCUAAGGCUGGAGUCAAAGAUGAUCUGCAAGGCAUCCUCGACGCAUUGGCAUGGGGAAACUGUCCACCCUUAGGGACAAGCGGACAAUUUGAGAUUAUAUAUUCUCCGAAGGGACAAGAGCUUGCUAAAUCUGGAGAUGUUUAUAAACUGCUAAAGGCCAACUUUGACCAGCAGAUUGAAAAGAGCAGUCUCCCUACUGCUUACAAAUAUUCAGCUGAGAAAUGGAGUUCUAAUGUUCGGCCCAAAAAUGGUGGGUUUGGCUUGAAAGUGCACAAACAGUUGAAAAGCCUUAUUAGAAAUUUUGUGACUGUGAACGAUAUUUACAAACUGACUUCUGCAUCAAGGAACAUACUGAACAAGUAUUCAAUUGAUGAACAACUAAAUGAGAAGGACCUAUUUACCAUGCUGAAGGUUCUGCAUUUUCAUCCACAUAGAGAUGAAAAGUAUGGCUCUGGACCACAGCACAUCAAGGUUGGAUGGCACCCUGAACAUAAGACUACACGCUGCUUUUUCAUAGAACGAACUGAUGGGACUGUGGAGGAUUUUUCAUACCGGAAAUGCAUUCUUGGUGCUCUUGAGAUUGUUGCCCCAGAUAAGGCAAAGACCCAGAAGAAAAAAUGGAAGAAAGAUGAAUAAGCUAUCUCUGCUUGUUCAAGAAUAAUAAGUGACUGGCCACUUGAUCAGGUGACAGCCACAAACUAAAAAUAUGAGAUGAUGAUCAUGGUGGGUGAUAAUAGUGCAACAACUCUACAAGUACAAAAUACGACGUUGUUUUUCUACCUUUGAUUUUGAAGGAGGGGGUCCCAAAUCAGUGGUAGAGAAUCACAGUUGUUUUUUGUGAGUUUAGAGUUAUGUCAUUGGCCUUGCUCCAGCAAAAAGCUGACGAAUAGUUUGGAGCGUUCAUUUUUGUUGUAUACUAUCAGGAAGUUAGUAGCUAACUGAAAUGUAGCUCGUUUGGUAGAGGUCUGCGCAGCAAACCAAGAUCAAAGGGGUAAUAUUUGUGCAGCAGCCAAGUUUGAAAGCCAAUGGCCAUAUGUUUUUGUAAUAUCAUAACCUAACAAACUAGUCCUUUUUAUGGUAAAGAUGGAGGGAUCCUUACCGUUAGCUUCUUUUUGCUUCUUCUACUAAUACUUUAUUUGCCUCCUAUAACGUCAGGAAGGCAAGGAAAGAUCUAGUGGAAGCAGCAACGAGAAGCUUGAAAAGGUUUGCCCCGGACCACUUUUAUUCUCAAUAUACUUUGGCAGUUAGAUACAUUCUUCUUUGGGCUGCUUCCUUCAAA